UCAAAUCGUUUGAGGGGGACGAGUCAUAGACAUAGUAAUGGUGGAUUACUCUGUCAUGAAAAGGAAAAGAAAUUAAAACAAAAAUUGCGUAUGUCUACAGCUUGAUUAGGUAGGCUUUGAAUUUCACAUGGAUAGAUUAAUAUUUAAUUAGUAGAGCUGACUGCUCGUGUCAAAGCAUGCUGAUGCAGUGUUCAAUCCAAGAAAUUAAAAUAAGGAUCCCAUAAAAAGUAGAGAUUGUUUUAGUGGGAGCAAACUCAGCCUAUGAGAAUCUUGGUUCUCUCACAUAAAAGUAUUUGAAACUUUGUUUUCUUUCUCCUCCCCCAUUAUUACAAAUCUUGUACCUUCUCUCAAGAUUCAAUUUUUUUUUUCCAUCUUUCUGCCUUUUUCCUGUUACUUUUUCUCAUGAAAAGGCCUCUACUAGAAAAUAUACCCACCCCCUUUUUAUAUUUUCCAUCAUAUCCACCUCAGAUUUCAAACUCCCUUAUAAAACUGUGGAGAGGGGUUUUUGCACAGCUGAAAUGGGUGUUUCUUGGCUGCUCAGACAGCAGCUUACAGGGCUAACUGCCAAGAAGUCUGGUGGUAAGAAUCUGACAAAAUGUUGUUUGACUAGGUGCAGUUGUGUGCCUAUUAUGCUACUGUUUUUGUGCUCUGUUUUUUGUGGAGUGUUUUGUGAUGAUUCUACCAUGGCCUCUGUGCCUAUUGGUUUUGAGGUUAAUGCUUUUGAUAGGGAUAAGGUUUGGGUGUCUGAAAAUGGGGUUUUUGCAUUUGGUUUCUUGGAGGUAGAUGGUGAUGGCGGGGAUGAAUAUAUGGUUGGAAUUAUGUAUAAUCUUGGUGAUAAAGCUGCAAAUUUACCUGUUUGGACUGUUGGUAGUGGAAUUAGGGUUCCUGUGAAUUCCACAUUUAGGUUUGCUAUGGAUGGGAGGCUGGUUUUGAUCAAUAAUUACAGUAGAACCACUCUGUGGAGUAGCAAUACCUCCAAUUUAGGUGUGCAAAAAGCUAAUCUUUUGGACAGUGGGAACCUAGUACUCUUGAGUAGCAAAGAUGAGGUUGUCUGGGAUAGCUUUGGUAGCCCCACGAACACGCUGCUCCCGGGCCAAUCGAUUCAUUUCCCUCAAAACCUUAGAGCCCUACCAACAAGAUUGAUAGCUAGUUACUACAAUUUGGUGAUUAGGCAGGAUGGAGAGCUUGCACUUGUGUGGGAGUACAAUGUGACCUAUUGGAAGAGCCCCGUUGGCUCUAAAGAAGCUAGGUUCGACUCUAAUGGCGUCCUAGGGUUGUAUGAUGGUAGUGGCAAGGUUGUCUGGUCUGUUUCCCCUGAGGAUCUUGGUGAUCCCUCCACGAGGUUCAGACACCUUAGGAUCGACAGAGAUGGGAACUUGAGGAUUUACUCGUGGGAUGGUGAUAGCCGUGGAUGGAGAGCAGUUUGGCAAGCAGUUAAGGAUCAGUGCUCCGUGUUUGGCUCGUGUGGCUCUUAUAGUGUUUGUGGGUAUAACUCCUCAGCGCCCAUGUGCGAUUGUUUGUUCUCCGAUUCCUUAGAGUCUGGCGUUGGUGGAAGUCCCGCGUUGGUCUCGGGUGGUGUAGGGUGCAAGAAAAUGACUGACUUGGGAAAUUGCAGGAUGAAUACUAGCAUUUUGGUCUUGAAACAGACGGUGCUUUACGGCCUCUAUCCAUCGCACGAUCUUGAGAUGCCGUUGAGUGAGGCAGCGUGCAGGGAGUACUGCGUGAACGACUCCACUUGCAUUGCUGCAACCUCAAUGAAUGAUGGCUCGGGCCAGUGCACCAUAAAACAGACUACAUUUAUCAGUGGAUACAAGACUCCUGACAUCCAUGCUGUGUCUUUCUUGAAAGUGUGCUCGGUUCCGUUAGCUGUUCCAACCGAUCAAGGCUCCAGACGGCAUGGGAGCACUGAGCCGGGCAGCCCACCUGCAGGGAGAGGGAGCGGCAGGUGGCUGGUAGGGGCUAUAGCAGUGGUGGUUCUGCUCACAGUUCUGGUGAUACUGAGCUUUCAAGUCCUAGUUUUCGGGCUUCUCUACCGUAGGAGAAGGAUCAAGGUUCGGACAAGGAUUCCCUUCGGCAAAGAUGCUCAGAUGAAUCCACAUUACAGCGUGCUCAUCCGAUUAUCGUUUGAGGAGAUCAAGGAGUUAACAAACAACUUUGCUAACCAGAUUGGGACCUCAGUUUUCAGAGGUGUGCUCCCAAACAAGACACCUAUAGUUGCCAAGAUCUUGAAAGAUGUCAUUGUCUCGGAGAAGGAGUUUCGCGUGAAGGUCACCACGUUGAGUGGCACGCACCACCGGAAUCUCGUGUCUGUGAAAGGGUUCUGCUUCGAAGCAGGAAACAAGUGCCUGAUCUAUGAGUACGUCCCCAAUGGCUCGUUGGAGAAGUGGCUGUUCGGGUCCAAGGAGGACCAGAAGCAGCGCGUUUGGCACCAGAGGAAACGCGACAUUGCCCUAGGGGUGGCGAGGGGGCUCGCUUACCUGCACUCUGAGUGUCAGAAAUGCAUAGCUCACGGCAAUCUGAAGCUUGAAAAUGUGCUGCUAGAUGAGAACAUGAACCCUAAGCUAACGGAUUUCGGGCUGGAGGAGUUCCUCGUGCCUCCCUCCUCGUCUCCCGAGUCCCCAUCAGAGCGCGACAUAUACAUGCUUGGGGAGAUGCUGCUGCAGAUUGUCACGUGCAGGAGAGACGUUGGUGGAGAGAACGUUGAUGGGAUAGUCGAGCAGCUGGAGCAAGACGACGACUUGGAGAGGAUUGCAAGAAUCUCAUUUUGGUGCAUGCAGGAUCAGCCGUUUCUGAGGCCCUCCAUUGGGGAGGUAGUGAAGGUGCUCGAGGGGACACUCUCGGUCGACCGGCCCCCGUCCCGUUCAGGCCCUCGCCACCACCACCACCGGCGAGGUGUGGAGGAGGAGAUAGAGGCCGAAUGCUAGUGCGAAUAGGGUCACAUUUCUAACUCCAGCUCCUAACCUCAUUUUUGUUCAAAGGGAAUGGUGCUUUUUCCACUUUUUCCAGAUUAAAUGUGUCUGGUUUUCUUGUAAACAAACCUCUAAUAUCAGCUGCAGGAAUUCGCCUUUCUUUUUCUUCA